CCAGAAUCGCGAGAUUUCUGCGGUAGCGACCAGCAAGGCGAGCCAGUGGUGCCGCUAAUGCGACCGGUCGGACGUCGGUGGCCCCAUUUCCAACCAGCCCGAGCUAGAGGAUGAGUUAUCCUCCGGGACAGCAAGGCUACGCCUCCGGUGGACAGGGCUACCCUGCCCAGGGGCAAGUCUACAGUUCCGGGGGAAUGAGCUAUCCGCUUGGCUCGCAAGGUUACCCGAACCCGGGACGGAUGGGCGUGGUACAGGGCUACACGCAGCCCACGGCCCAGGGAAUCUACACGUCGGCCGUCGGAACGGGCGUCCCGGCGGCGGGUAACCCGGGCUACCCGUCCGCACCGAGCCCGCAGUACGUCCCCUCUCCGAACCAGCAGGGUUACACGACCUGGGCCGACCUCGGCAACGCUGCUGGUCGUCAGGUCGUCUAUCCUGUAGCGCAGUCACGUCAGCAGCAACAGCUCCAGCAGCAACAGCAGCGACAGCAGCAACAGCAGCAGUACUACCCCAGCAGCGGCGGUGGUUAUGUCAUACCUGUGAGCGGCAUGGGAAACGUGGGGCAGGGCUAUCCUCCGGGCACAGGAAUGGCACAGUAUCCGGGCAUGGCGCCGAUGCCGUCGGCUUACCAGCGUGGCAACCGCCAGACGCCGCCUGGAUACUACGUGGCUCGUUAUCCAUCGCAGCGUUAGGCGGGAUGAGGACUGCCUUGCAACUACGAGGCGCCACGUGAAUACCACGUGGCUCGUUAUCUGUCGCAGUGUAAGGGCGUACUGAGGACCAUCUGCGUGAGAAAUUAGAAAUGUGAAGCAUUGCAAGAAGUUCAUGUGGCAGCAUAAAUGUUAUGAGGUAGAACUUAUUUGUAAUAAAGUAUGUUCA